CUGGUGAGUGCAAGAUAGUUGAUAGUCUCUCAUUGCCACUUCUGGCAGGACAUGAACUCAUGUUCAGCAGUGCGCAAAAGGGAUGGAAUGGACAACAAGCUCUCAUUUGACUUUGCAGAUUUUUGUUUGUUACUGUAUUUUCAUACGACAACAAUGGUGGUUGUUGGGGUCAAGGCUUUGGCCUUAUGCUUUAUACCACUUCCAACCCCGAAGAAUGCGCCCCAUGCCCCCUCUGCAGAUUCAAUUCAAGGGAAGCCACCAAUGUUCCUCGACGACCCGACGUCGUUUUCAGGUUCGGCCUCGGAACUGGGUCUGUCGGCCUUAUCCAUAUGCCACUCGGCUCAAAGUCCUGUCGGCUGGUCCGGCCUGGUGCAACUGGUGCUGUCAGGAGGCCGCCCAUGGCAGAGGAAGAGGCGGCAGAGGUCCCUCCCGAGCCGGUGCCCUCUCUGACCGAGGAGGACAUUCAGACCCGGCUAGGCAUCUUCGAGGAGAUCUUCAAGGGCUAUGACGCACUCGAGGUCAAGCAGAAGUCCAUGGCGGAGCGCCGUGAAAAAGAGGCGCCACCGCCUGCGGACGGUGAAGAAACCGAGCAAGCUCCAGUCGAGAUCACUCCCAACAUUGCCUUGGCCUAUAGCGAGCUCAACUUCCAGGUUGUCGCAAAUCUUGUGGACUUGGUGAAGCAGAAGUGUGGCCCAAUGUACCCAGGGCAAGGUGUUUUCUUAGAUUUUGGCAGCGGCUGUGGGAAGUUGGUCUUAGCAGCGGCGCUGCUGCAUCCCUUCCAGAAGGUCAUCGGCAUUGAAGCGCUUCAAAGCCUCAAUGAGAUCGAAGCUGCUGUUCAGGCGAAGUAUGCAGAGGUGGAGGUCCCUGAAGGCGUUGUGAAGCCAGAGGUGAGCUUUGUGAAAGGCGACUUCGUGUCGGAGUUCGAUGCGGUGCUGGAGCCGAUCGCACCCGAGGCCACCUUUGCGAUUGCAGUGGCCACAACCUUCGGAGACCCCGAGAUGCAGGCGGUCUCGAAGCUCGCACAGAAGAUGCCCCAAGGUGCUUCUUUGUUUCUGGUCACACAGAAGCUGGAGGAAUCACUUGUGGUCGAUGUGAACCGCAAUCCUCGGCAGCGACGCUCCGUGGCGACCAAGAAAGCGCUCGCCCAGCGAGGGGUCGAGCCAACAGGCAUUGAGAUCGAGCUGGAACCAGCUGAAAACGAUCCCAAUGGCUGGAGGUUGAAGGACACGGUGCCCUUGGAAUUGGAGUGGGGUACUACGAACUGUUAUCUCUACAAGAAAUACAGCUAUCCAUAUUGCGAUGUCAACGACAUUUGCAUGGCCACACCGCUGCCAGAAGCAGAGGACCAGACGGUGGUGCCAGCCUUCUACAUGAGUCCAACAACCGUAGUGUACAUGGACGAUUUGGCAGAGAUCGAAAAGGAGGUCUCCAAGACUGCACCAUUUUGUGAGGAAAGCCGGAAAAAGGCUGUGACCAUUUACGAAAAGAAACUUGCGGCUGCAAAGCAGAAAGCGACCGAGAUGCUUUCAGAGGCAGUGGCAGAGGCCUUGGCCUGUGUGCGGAAGGAGAGUGAAGCUUACGCGCAAGACGGAAACGUGCACUACAAGCUGGAAGAGGCUUCAGACACUGCUAAGCUGCUGGAGGCAUUGAUUUCCGGAGAGGGUCUUCCAUCCUCGCCAAAGGUGACAGAAUUCAUGGGUACACAAUGGUUGGCUGCCUGUGGAGAACUCGAUCCUGAAGCUACAGGAGUGGUCCCUGAAGCGCAACUCCCCGCUCUUUGGGGCAAGGUGAAAGCCGGCUUUGCUGAGCACAUCGAAAGAGCACUGAAACAGUUGAAGGACUUUGGAGUUGAAGUUCCAGAAUCUGAACAUCGGCCACAGGAGUCCGUGCCCUGAUCGGGCUCGAGAAAGAUUGACGGCGCAUCUCCAAACAUGGGCAGAUUCGCGCCGGCAAUGAGGUUUCACUACUCCUGAGCAAUGUUCAAAACGGA